UCAGCAGCUCUCAGACCCGCGUCCCUUAUCCCUCUGCUCAGGUCUUCCUCCUCACCAUGACUUCCUAUAGCUAUCGCCAGUCCUCAGCCAUGUCUUCCUAUGGGGGCAUGGGCGGGGGUCCCGUGCGCUUUGGGUCAGGGGGUGUUUUCCGCGCACCUAGCAUCCAUGGGGGCUCAGGUGGCCGUGGCGUGUCCGUGUCCUCGACCCGCAUCGUGUCCUCAUCCUCCGGGGGCUAUGUCGGAGGACGCGGUGGAAGUUUUAGUGGGGCCCUGACUGUGACCGAUGGGCUGCUGGGUGGCAAUGAGAAGAUCACCAUGCAGAACCUGAACGAUCGCCUCGCCUCCUACUUGGACAAGGUGCGCGCCCUGGAGCAGGCUAAUGGCGAGCUGGAGGUGAAGAUUCGCGACUGGUACCAGAAGCAGGGACCCGGGCCCUUCCGUGAUUACAGCCAGUACUUCAAGACCAUCGAGGACUUGCGCGACAAGAUCCUUGGCGCCACCAUUGAGAACUCCAAGAUAGUCCUACAGAUCGACAAUGCCCGCCUGGCUGCAGAUGACUUCCGGACCAAGUUUGAGACAGAACAGGCCCUGCGCAUGAGUGUGGAGGCUGAUAUCAAUGGCCUGCGCCGGGUGCUGGAUGAGCUGACCCUGGCCAGGACCGACCUGGAGAUGCAGAUAGAGAACCUGAAGGAGGAGCUGGCCUACCUGAAGAAGAACCACGAGGAGGAAAUUAGUGCCCUGAGGAGCCAGGUGGGUGGCCAGGUCAGUGUGGAGGUGGAUUCCACACCAGGCAUUGACCUAGCCAAGAUCCUGAGUGAGAUGAGAAGUCAGUAUGAGGCCAUGGCAGAGAAGAACCGGAAGGAUGCUGAAGCCUGGUACCUUACUCAGAUUGAUGAGCUGAACACCCAGGUCGCUGUCCACACUACGCAGAUCCAGAUAAACAAGACUGAGGUCACGGAACUCCGACGUAAGGUCCAGGACCUUGAGAUUGAAUUGCAGUCUCAGCUCAGCAUGAAAGCUGCCCUGGAAGGCACUGUGGCAGAGAUAGAGGCCCGUUACGGAGCCCAGCUGUCACACAUCCAAGGUGUGAUCAGCAGUAUUGAAGUCCAGCUGAGUAACGUGCGUGCUGACACAGAGCGCCAGAACCAGGAGUAUCAGCAGCUCAUGGACAUCAAGUCGAGGCUGGAGCAGGAGAUCGCCACCUACCGCAGCCUGCUUGAGGGCCAGGAAGCCCACUACAACAGUCUGUCCAUCGCCAAGGCCCUCUGAGCUGAUCCUGGCCUCCUACCCUGCUACCAGUGCGACUUCCCCAGGGAGGGGCAUGAUAAAGUUCACACCAGCCCUUCCCUUGACUUGUCAAUAAAACUAUCCUCCAAGGGAA